AUGGUAAGAGACCCUGUAGGUCGCCCCUUUGAUCACUACGCAGCUCUGUUUGCUCACUUGCCCUCACUGCCCCCAGAAGGGCCAGCAUUUCUGGGGGCCCAAGGAGCUACAGACCCCGAGCUUGCGGGUGGUGACGCUGCCAGCCUGGGCUCCCUCCUCCCCCGCAGGCACGCACUUCCCGCAGGGAGCGGCUCGGGCUGGCCAAGGCCCCGCGGAGAGCCGGCCGCCGGCGGGCCCGGCCUGCGAGGGGAGGGGCGCGGCACUCCGGCCUCCGGGUCUGCGGCAGAAUUGCAGACGCAGCGGGUCAUGGCCAACGUGCGGGAGCGCCAGCGCACGCAGUCGCUCAACGAGGCAUUCGCCGCCCUGCGGAAGAUCAUCCCCACGCUGCCCUCGGACAAGCUGAGCAAGAUCCAGACCCUCAAGUUGGCAGCCAGGUACAUCGACUUCCUCUACCAGGUUCUCCAGAGCGACGAGCUGGACUCCAAGAUGGCAAGUUGCAGCUAUGUGGCCCAUGAGCGGCUCAGCUACGCCUUCUCGGUCUGGAGGAUGGAGGGGGCCUGGUCCAUGUCCGCGUCCCACUAGCAGGUGGAGCCCCCACCCCCUGAGCAGGACCGGAGACCUAGAUGUCAUUGUUUCCAGAGAAGGAGAAAAUGGACAGUCUAGAGACUCUGGAGCUGGAUAACUAAACAUAUAUAUACAUGCCAAAGAUUUUUCUUGGAAAUUAGAAGAGCAGAACCUAAAUUCAAAGAAACAGGGCGUGGGGCGCACUUUUAAAAGAGAAAGUGAGACAGGCCCGCGGACAGUGAUUCCCAGACGGGCAGCGGCACCAUCCUCACACCUCCACAUUCUGAUAGAAGUCUGAAGUGUUUUUGUUUUGUUCUGUUGUGUUAUUUGACGAAGAAUGUUUUAUUUUUAUUUUUUCAUGCAUGCAUGCAUUCGCAAGAGGUUGUGCCAAGCAGCCACUGAAAGGAAAGGCAUCAUUAUGGACUGUCUCCAUUUUAAAAUGGUACCAAUCAGAGGAACAUUUAAGGACAUCUCUAGAAAUAAAAUUCCGGGAUCAAACUGGCCUGGAAAAUCAUGGUCAGUCAAUUCCUUUUUCAUGCUUCCUCUGAGGGAAAAAAAAAACCCUUAAAAUAAAAAAAAAUCAACAUUCUAUUUAUUUAUUGAUGACCCAUGGUAAAAUGCAAAUA